AAAGAAGAAACAUGAGUUACACCGAGAAGAGUAUCGUUCAGCUAUAUAGAAACAACAAGCUAACAAUGACCAGAUUCUGCACCAGCGAAUGAGUCCACAGCGUCUCAAAUCGCCACCUACACAGACUUUGUCGAUGCCCACAAAGUAGGCAUGCUGACAACGGUCAACACGUCCGGUCUGCUCGUGUCUCGCUGCAUGGCUGUAGCAGACCGAGAAAAUACGGUGGAUCUGAUUUUCCACACACAUGCCGAGUCUGGCAAGACGGAUGAUAUUGACAACAACAGCAAUGUGAGUGUUUCCUUCUACAAGGAUUCCACCGGUGAAUGGUUAUCGGUGUCGGGAAAGGCGGAAUUGGUCACAGAUCGUAACGUGGUGGAGAAGUAUUACUCAAAGUCACUCAAGGCUUGGAUUGGUGACAAGGGGGAUGGCGUGCAUGAUGGAGGUCCUGGUGACCCUCGCAUUGGCAUCAUUCGUGUCAAGACGAGCACGGUGACGUAUGCAGUGCAGACGGCAACGACUAUCGGCAAGUACAUUGGUAUUGCCAAGGGUAUUGUUACGGGCGAGGUGCCGAGCAUCAACAGCAUUGUUGAAAUGGCCGAGAAGGACAUUGCCGCUGCACGCAAAUAGUGUGUAGAACAAAAGAUAGUGAAAGAUCAUUCUCUCAUUUUGACUACGUCGAUGUUGGGGUUCCCUAUGUAA